AAGAGUAUCGUCACGAAGUCCUCUGGUCUUCGCAACUCUGCUCGACAGAUCAACAAAUAACGCAACAAAAAGAAGCCUCUGUUCAGAAGCAAAAACCAAUGAUUCGCGCAUCGUUCUCGCCCCAUUCCAUCACAAUCGCCCUGAUCUUCUGCGUUGCGGUUGCGCAGUCGUGGAUCGGAUCCGCCACAACGUCCAGAACAAAAGCCCCGCUUUCCGCUUUCCGGCGAAUUUCCCUGCUCGGUGCCCACGACGACAGCGGAUUUGGAGUGAACGAGCCGGAUCGGGAAGCCGGCCCGAGCAGCAGGCGAGCGGUCCUGAACCGCGCCGCGAGGGCUGGGGCGGUGUCCCUGGCAUCGGUGGUGGCGGUCGUCCCCUCCCCCGCGGGAGCGAUCUCGGAAGACCGCUGCGACCCGCUCGACCCGCGCUGCGGGGCCGACGGAAAGCUGAGAGAAAAAGGACCGGACGGAAAACCCAUUCCCAGGGUGACCAACCGCAUCACACACGUGGUCCAGCUGGUGAUCGACGUCGGGGAGCGACGGGAGGAGGUAGGCUUUUUGCGGUUCGGGCUCUACGGGGACGACUGCCCCGAGAGCGUGAAAUCGCUCCUGCGCUUCCUCACCCCGAUUGGCAUCACCGGGGUGGUAGAUGCGAGCGCCAUGGAAAACAGCAUCGGCGUCAAGAGCUCUCCCGUGUCCCUCUUGCAGGGCGGGGUCGUCCCAACCAUUUGCCCGGGCAGGGGCGUCGAGUUUGGGGUUCCCUCCCAGAAAAAGGCGUACGCCAGGGCUAUGGGCCUCAGGGAGGGCGGGGACAAUUUUGUCCCUCAGAACCGACCGGAACCCACCGGAUCGGAGGCCGGUGCUCGGAAGCACGACGUGGCGGGCCUCAUCUCCAUCCCCGAGCAGGGAAUCGGCUUUGGCAGCAGCGGCGGCAGCGUCGACGAGGCCUACGCGAGCGCCUUUUUGGUCACCGCCGACGAGAGCGCGUCCCAGCUGUACGACAACAAGCUCCGCCGGAGGGUUGUCGGCCAGGUGAUCGACAACGAGAGCAUGGAAUUCUUGGCGCGGCUGGCCUCGCUGCCGAUCCAAAAGAAGCUGGGUUCCAGCAGCGACAAGGGCCCACCUCUUCUCAAGGUAACGGUUCUAGACAUCGGGGUCCAAAAGGUCGGCGCUGCCGGAAGUGAAAGCAGCAAGAAAACCAAGAAAAAAUAGGCGGACCCUGAUUCGCGAGCACAACCGCCACCGGAAAGAGAUUCGAUGUCGCCUUUCAAACGAGUGUUUUGACAGUCCGGCAACCMAGGCAUUCUUCGUUGRUUAUUCAUUUAGAGGAUAAUUGGUAAUUGAUGCAUUCGUUCUCCGUUUUUGAAGGCUAUGACCAUAACUCAAGUCCCUGAUGAAGGUCUGAUUCUUCCCGUGGUGCAGCACUCGAAGUUUGUUGUAAUUAUAUCAAUAACAAUAGGAUAACAGAAGUACGAUGCUGGGGAUCUUCUCGCAGAUUGGGUCUAACACACCAAGUGAUACUAUCGAAAACGUGAAACGUGGGUGAAUAUAUCUCUCUCUACGCUCAUCUUUCUGUAAUGGUCUUCUGUUUUUCAAUCCCGCYCGGAACUUAAUCAAUCAAGAUAAUUUAUUUCUAUUAAUUGACAGUAGAUCAAGGACAAGAAUUUGAAACGACACUAGAAGAGAGUCCAGCCAAGCUAGGAUGCAAGCUUGUCAAAGAUGCAAACCACCAAAAUCGGUGUUGAGAUAUUUCUGUGCGGAUGCACACAGGUCAACGCACGCAYCCACCUGCAAUACAACACCCCAACCCCAACUUCACUGAUGAAAGUUAGUCAGACGAUAACAACACAAUUGCAGAAAGCUGUCACUUCAACCCCAAUCUUUGCACUUUCAAAUCUUUCGAUGCAAUGACAACGUCAACGUAGAAAGUUAUGGUAUCUUUUGCCUCUAUUCACAAAGAAAUGAGAUGUUUUCAA